GAUUGUAGAAAGCAAACUUCUAGUUGUGAAAUAUGUGGAAAAAUACAUAAAUUUCUGCAUAAAGUAGUGGAUUUCUUCUUAUCAUGCAUUUAGUUCAACAAUUUAAAGGAUCAAAACAUAUCGUUGAUUAUUUGUUUGUGUUUGGAUUGACUGUUUCUUCUUCAUAAACUCGUUUAGAAUUGGAAGGAUGACAUUGAGAAAUAUAAUUUACGAGUUUCCCCAUGCUAUACAAAUUAUCUUCCUUUUCCUUGAAUUGACUGGUCAACAGCAAUUUGUUGCUUCUCUAGAUUUAUUAAAAUGUAAAACUGCUUUAGGCAUGGAAUCAGGUGCAAUUACUGAUUCUCAAAUCUCUGCAAGUUCGGCACAUGAUAUAGGAAAUGUAGGGCCGCAACAUGCAAGAUUAAGAAUAGACAAUAAUGGUGGUGCAUGGUGCCCCAAGCACAUGGUGGCGAGAAACCUGAAUGAAUUUUUACAAAUAGAUUUGCUAUCACUACAUGCAAUCACAUCAAUCAAAACACAAGGAAGAUUUGGCAAAGGACAAGGACAGGAGUUUACCGAAGCAUAUGUUGUUGAAUAUUGGAGACCAACAUUUGGAACUAAAUGGAAGCGAUGGAAAAAUUUACAGGGAAAAGAGAUUUUAACGGCAAACAUCAACACAUAUAGUGAAGUGGAAAAUUCUUUGAAACCAAUUAUUGUGGCACAGAAAAUUCGACUUUAUCCCUACAGUCAAUACGAUCGAACUGUAUGCCUUCGUACUGAAUUAAUUGGUUGUAUUUGGGAAGAAGGGCUCAUAUCUUACAUAAUUCCAAAAGGCAUUCAACGUGGAAAUGAAGUUGAACUAUCGGAUAAAACUUACGAUGGUGAAGAUGAGGGAAAUCGUCUCAUAGGUGGUUUAGGUCAACUGGUAGAUGGCCAAAAAGGGGUCGAUAAUUUUCGAAGUGACAUUUAUGGAUUUGGAAAGGGCUUUGAGUGGGUUGGAUGGAGUAAUGACAGCUUAGGCGAACCAUCAAAACCUGUCGAAUUAACUUUUCUAUUUGAUUCGGUGAGGAAUUUUAGUGCUAUGGUUCUACAUACAAACAACAUGUACUCGAAAGGUGUCCAGGUGUUUUCACUUGCAAAAGUUUACUUCAGCAUUGGCGGUCGGUAUUACAAUGGAGAAUCUGUUCAUUUCUCAUAUAUGCCUGAUCCAGUCAUGGAACAUGCCCGUGACGUCACAAUAAAACUUCAUCAUCGAGUUGGAAGAUAUGUCCGACUACAAUUAUAUUUUGCAUCUAAAUGGAUUAUGCUGAGUGAAAUAUCAUUUAUUUCAGUUCCUGCUAUAGGGAAUUUCACAGAAGAGGUGACUUAUGUUAAGAAACCUUACGACAUAAACUCCAUCGAAUAUACGCUACAAAGCGACGAGGUUCAGGUAUCAAAGAAAGGCGAUCGAAAUGGAAAUCAUACAGCACAAAAUUUUCCACCACGCGCUGACAAUGAUGAAGAGCCACAACAUCAUAUCAUUAGUAUUGUAACGACAGUAUUGGCAAUUAUUAUUCUUAUUCUUAUCACUGUUAUUUUGAUAAUAUUGUCAAAAAACAAGCGAACAAGAACGGCAGCAGUAUUCAAUGCCUUACAACAGAAUCAAUAUUCCAAUGGAUUAGACAACGACAAACGAUUAAAUAGUAAUUUCAAAAUGACGAUGAAUGACAAUGAGUCAAUCGACAAGAACAGUUUAUACCAUGAGCCAUUUAAUCUUAAUAUGUUUACAAGUGCAGCAAGUGGUUGUGGUUUAAAUGAUAUGCAACAACGACUUCAUGUUACACCUGACUACACUGAUGUUCCCGACAUUGUAUGUCAAGAUUAUGCGAUUCCCCAUAUGCAAGAUAUUAUACCAAAAAUGUCGGGAGGUUAUAUUGGGAUUCGAGUAACGCCACAAAUUAAUAGCGUUUUUACAAAGUCAAGAAUAUCACCACCGAGUGGACAACAAGAGAAAUAUUAUGCAACAACACCGGUUUGUUCAAGCAGAAGCAGCACAUUAAAUCACUCAAGUUCGAUGCAUCAUCAUAAUAAUGAGACAAACUUUGGCACAAUUCACAGUAACACAAACAGCAAUGGAUCAAAUACAACAGCAUCGAUUAAUGGAAGUUUCAAUACACCAGAGAAAUUACUUGAACAUCAACAGCAACAACAGCAAUCCAAUAUUUACAAUGAUUUUGAUUCACCUUUCAUGAAAGACGAGACGCCAUUGAAAGAAUAUCCCCGUGAUAAAUUGGUUAUAAUUGAAAAGCUUGGAUGUGGGAUGUUUGGUGAACUGCAUUUGUGUGAAACAAAAGGAAUAACAUCAAAUCUUGUUGCCGUCGCUACACUUAGGUCGGGUUCAUCGGAGAAUGUUAAGAAGGAAUUCAGAUCGAAAGCAAAAUAUUUGUCAAGAAUAAACGACCAGAAUGUAAUCAAGGUUAUCGGAGUUUGCUUGAAGGAUGAUCCCAUCUGUAUUGUUUUGGACUAUAAAUAUAAUAUCGAUUUGAAUCAAUUUUUGCAAGAUCAUGUGCCUGAGAUGGGCUCUGCCUGCAUUCAAAAUAACACUCUAAGUUAUGGAUGUUUGAUUUAUAUAGCAACACAAAUCGCAUCAGGCAUGAAAUAUCUCGAACAAAAAGGCAUGGUUCAUAAGGAUUUAGCUGCAAGAAAUUGCAUUAUUGGACCAAACUUGGACGCUAAAAUAUGUGCAUUAGGCACUGUCAUAAACCGACUUGCAUAUCCAGCUGAUUAUUGCCAUUUAGAAGGCAUCAGCAAAGAAUCACAGCCUAUGCCAAUUCGUUGGAUGGCAUGGGAAAGUGCUUUAUUUACUAAAUUUACAUCAAAAUCUGAUGCUUGGAUGUAUGGAGUUUUAUUGUGGGAGAUUCUAACAUUCGCCCGUGAACAGCCAUUUGAAAAUUUGACUGAUGACAUGGUUAUCGAGAAUAUUAAACACAUUUAUCAUGACAACAAAAGACAUAUUAUGCUACCGAUUCCCAUGAACUGUCCACGAGAAAUCUACGAUCUAAUGUGUGAAUGCUGGCAACGAAACGACUCCAAUCGCCCAAACUUUCGUGAAAUUCAUCUAUUUCUACAACGAAAAAAUUUAAGUUAUAAACCAGUUUGAAAUUAAUUAAAAGAUUGCAAUAUUUUCUUCUCAUAGUGCGCUUGCAUAGUGCUAAAUGCAAAAUGAAGAUAGAUGGAAAAAUGAAAUAAAAUAACUUGUUGAAAGCAACUUCUUCAAUUUUAUCUUUACGGUCGAAAAAGAUGAGGUGAUACUUAGCAUAUUGACAAUGAAAGCUGUAACAGCAGCUCCCUAAUUUGUACAUUUGUUUUACAAAGGAGUUUUAAACUAUCUACUUACCAAGGGAAGAAAGUAAUAAACAUAUAAAAAAGCUG